ACACCAACACCAACCAACACCGAAUACCGAUUCUCAUUUAUUGAUUAUUGACAUGCUUAUUUUGGUUAUUUAUUUACCUAUGUAAUAAUCUAUGAAUGAUCCAAGUAUAUAGUCGUGUGCCCCAUGUGUGCCCAAUGCACACAACAUAAUAUUUAUCACAUUAACAAAGUACCUUUGUACUUUUCCAAGUUCUAUUGUUUUAUAGUUCCCAUGAAUGAUACAUUUAUCGAGGUCACGACUGUUUUUUUCACCUGGCGUGAUGUAAUGCCUCAAAAUGUAACAUACAACAUAGGCACAAAGAUUUGUAAUCUAUCUUUAUUUAUUGUACAGGUAGCCCGUACUUAAUAAUUCCAUUUGUAAACUGCGCAUGCGCGUUUUACCUAGGUACUUUUCGAGGAUUCUAAUUUAGGAAAUUAGGAGUGAAUAACAGUGUUAUAAGUCUACGUGAAUUGCGAGAAAGCAGAAAUAUUAUCGGAAGAUCGUGAUUUUGUCACCGUGAACUUUAUCAUGACUACACAUAGGUACCUACCUACUUAACUAUUUUGGUUGAACCUGAGUUAACCUCAAUUGUAUAUUUGAAUCUCAGACCAAUAAAAUUCGAUCAGUCCGAGUUGACCGUCUCGAGAUUUGAACUGUGAAAAAAGUGUACAUUAAAUAUACAAGGUAAAGUGUAUGUAAAACAAAAUAUGGUAUAUUUCAAGUGAUUAAAUAUGCAUGAAGUUAUUGAAAUAUGUUAUUAAAAUAUGAGUCAUAUAGUUAAUAAAAUCGAUAAUUCACGGUGAACAAAUGAUAAUAAAAUGGAUAAAUGUUUUGCCGUCUGCGGCUGUGAUGAUCUCGAAGGAAUAACAAAUUCGGACCUAGAUCGGUUCACGGAUAACAUUGAGAAUGUGUUAAAUGAUGAGAAAGGGAGAAGGUUGUUUAGAAACUUCAUGAUUACUUGUAAAAUGAAGCACGGGCGACGAGCUUUGGAUUUAUGGGAACAUAAUGAAAGACUUUUAAAUUAUUCCGAAGACGCUGAGAGUGCAUCGUUUCGCAGUUACCUACGUGAUGUAGAACGAUUAUUGGAGGAAUCUGAAAAUGUAGAAGAGUUAGAUUUUGCAACCAUAGAAAGGUUGGCCAGUGCGCGCGAUGCGGAAAACAAAGACGAAAUAGUGGAAGCACUGAAAACUAUUAAACUUGAAUCAACCAAAGCACUUAGAAGGGAAUAUAAUGCAUUUAGACAUCGUUUUAUACCUCCUAAACAUUAAAUAUAUUUUGUACCUGGAGCACAUUUGAAUUUCGCGCCACGCGCCUAAUAUACCUAAUGCUUCAAUUUUUCAGUAAAGCUUGAAAGUUAAAACAUUUUAAUAAAUGUUACUGGGUUUGUAGUAUUAAGAAAUUUAUUGUUUCGUGAUAUGUGCAGUCACAAAUACCUAUAUUUGACAAUUUUUUUAUCUGUUUAUAUAAGUACAAACGUCCAAUAAAUGCAAGGAAUAAAUUAUUUGUAUAUA